AUGACUCGACAUACGCCCGACUUCCUGCGCCAACGUAGCUCCAACAUGUCCCUCCGAAUGGCGGCCUCCUUGAGCGUAGCACAAGAAUCGACCGUAGUCGUAGCUCCAGCUCCCAGCACGGAACGACCUAUGAACAAGGCCACCAAGGCAAUGAUUAUCGGCGAUAUCAGCGUGCAGAGCAAUAUGAAACUCUGUGCUGACUGUUGCAGCUUGGCAACUGGCCAGUUCGCAAGCUUGUCGCGUCGAGUCGAAUCGGAGCAAUGCGCCGUCUGCCAGAUCCGAGAAGGCAAGCCAGAAGCUUUCACUCGGCCAUUCUGCAAAUUUUUGGAGGACAACCCGACGAUAUUUCACGCCGUGGACUACUUCAAGAGCAAGGCGAAAAAGUUGGGCUACACAGAGUUACCCCCUCGUGAUGAUUGGUCUGGCAAGCUCGAGGCUGGAGGAAAGUACUUCGUCACCCGAAACGGAAGCUCCAUCAUCGCCUUUACGGUCGGCAAGGCUUAUAAACCAGGCAAUGGAGUCGCAAUGAUCGCGGGGCACAUUGACGCGUUGACGGCGAAGCUCAAGCCUGUCAGUAACAAGCCGAACAAGCAAGGAUACGUCCAACUCGGUGUUGCGCCAUAUGCGGGAGGCCUGAACGAGACUUGGUGGGAUAGAGAUCUAAGUAUUGGCGGGAGAGUCAUCGUCCGCGACGGAUCUGGAAAGACGUCCAGUCAAUUAGUGAAGCUGGGAUGGCCAAUUGCGAAAAUUCCUACCCUUGCACCUCACUUCGGGGUGGGUAUGUUGGGUUCGAACAACAAGGAAACAGAGGCUGUGCCAGUCAUCGGUCUAGAUAACUCUGAUGCCUACCCAUCUUCGGCUUCGACGCCAGCUGAACCCCUUGGACUCGUGGGCUCGUUCACCUCUACCCAACCACCAAAGCUGGUCAAGUUGAUAUCCUCAGAGCUCGGUAUCAGCGACUACUCGCAGAUUGUCAACUGGGAAUUGGAACUGUUCGACUCUCAGCCAGCAACAGUUUUCGGAAUGGACAAGGAGUUCAUCACGGCUGGCAGGAUUGACGACAAGCUUUGCAGCUGGGCCGCAUUCGAGGGACUACUUGCUGCUGAGCAGGGCGAGGAUGAGGGCACGAUCAAGAUGGUGGCACUCUUCGACGAUGAAGAAAUCGGUUCGCUCCUUCGACAGGGCGCGAAGGGAAACUUCCUUCCCCUGACUAUCGAGCGAGCUGUUGAAGCACUGUGCGGCAAAUCGACCACCUUCGGCCCUGGGGUUAUUGGACGCACAUACGCCAGCUCAUUCCUGGUGUCUGCGGAUGUCACUCACGCCGUCAAUCCGAACUUUGUCGGCCGAUACCUUGACGGCCAUGCGCCGAGGCUGAACGUGGGAAUUGUUAUCUGCGCCGACAGCAAUGGCCACAUGACGACGGACCCGGUCUCGACGGCGAUCCUAACUCGGGUUUGCGAGCUCACCGGCUGCACACCGCAGGUCUUCAUGAUCAGGAAUGACUCGAGAAGCGGUGGAACUGUUGGGCCUACACUAUCCAGCAUGAUGGGUGUCAAAGCAGCGGAUGCAGGUAUGCCGCAGUUGAGCAUGCACUCGGUUCGUGCGACGACAGGUGCUCUGGAUCCUGGUUUGGGUGUCAAGUUCUUCAAGGGGUUCUUGGACAACUGGGAGAAGGUUGACAGGGAGUGGUCGCACUAA